AUGGGCGACGCGCAUCCAAUAGAAAAUGGCUCAACACAUACUCCACCUCCCGGAUCAGCAGAGGUAGUUGAUGUUGGGGAUUCUUCCCCCGGUUUGAUGGAGACACCAGCAAGAGAUUUACAUGUAGGUUUAGGAAUACAAAAUGGACCACCUACACCUGUAAAAGAGCUACCUCCUGCUCCUUCCCCAUCCAUUCCUCCUAAGGAUUCGGCAGAAUCGCACAUCAAUUCGUCAGAGAUCCCUUUGUCACCACCUCCACCCCCACCGCCUAAACCAGGACGAGGUAUUCCUGUACGAACAAAUAGUAAGGACACAUUGGAAAAUAUCGAUUUGAGUAGAAAUAGAACUCCAGUCAGAUCUGCCAGUGUUGUAUCUUCACAAGUGCCUUCAUCGGUAGGAAGGGAUAGUGAAGGACCCAUUUCUGAUCCAUCGACAUCGACCUCUAGAAGAGUUUCGAAUCCAGCUUCAACAUCAGUAACGUCAUUACAAUCCAUCACCUCAACUCCUUCAUCCAGACCACGCUCCACGAGACCUACAACAGGAAUGAGUGAAGCUUCACAUUCACGUAGAACGAGUACAGCAACAUUCGCCAUGAGUCAUAAUAUAUCAUUGCCACCUAAUACACCUGGAACACAUCAGUUAUCGACGGUGAUCAUUAUGCCUCCUUUACAAUUACUGGUUGAUUCUAAAGAAGCGAAGAAAUCAGCAUCGUUCAGGGCAGCAGCUCAAAAAGCAUUAGAUCUGUGUCAAGCAGGUGAAGGAAGUUCAAAUACAGCGUAUUUACACCCAAGAGACAUCUUCGAACCUCUAAGAUUGGCAAUAUCAAAUCCUCAAACUACAUCCGUACCAGUAUUGAUCACUUCAUUGGAUCUGUUGUCAAAGCUGAUUUCACAUUCCUUCUUUUCCGAACCAAAUGGUCCUCCAAGAGGAAUGUCACCUUUACCGGAUCUGAUCACUCACACCAUCACACUUUCAUAUUCUGAAACUUCACCUCCUCAAGUAGCUUUACAAGUGGUGAAAGCUUUGAUGGCAAUUGUUCUUUCAACCGAUAAAGGAAUGUUAGUACAUCAGUCUUCGCUAUUGAAGGCAGUCAGAACAGUAUACAACGUCUUCUUGCUGUCCAAUGAUGGUGCGAACCAAGUCGUAGCACAAGGUGGUUUGACUCAGAUGGUACAUCACGUCUUUGGAAGGGUAAUAAGACCAGAAGCUAAAAGUGCUGGUUUAUCGGGAAGAAGAAGUACAAUGGGAGAGAAUGAAGCUAGAAGGUUGGGACUGUUAAAUAGGGAAGAUUCGGGAUCUCAACCGAGUACUUCUGCCCCAGGUCAAGAAUCGUUCAAAGAGAAUGGAGAACCUGAAACAAAGUUGACUCUUGAAUCUUUCGCUGAACCAAACCCUAACGAUGAUAUACCUACUGCCCCAGCUGUCAUAGCGUCUGAUGCAGAACCCUCCAUGUCAACGCCAUCCUCUCCUCCUCAGCUACCACAAAACACAGUAUCGAUUCCCGUGCCCAAUGGUGACGCUCUAGAUAUUCCUGAACCAACCGAUGCUGCACAAUCCGCCCCAAUGCAAAAUGGCCAGACCACUGCUAUGGACGAACAAGAAGGCACUUUAGAUUCUCUGGGUCGACCCAUCCCUACCGAAGAGCUAUUUGUCAAGGACGCUUUUUUGGUGUUCAGAGCUUUGUGCAAGUUGACCAUGAAACCUUUGGUCUCGGAAAGUGAGAAGGAUCUACGAUCUCACGCCAUGCGAUCUAAAUUGUUGUCCUUGCAUCUCGUCUUGACAAUCUUGAAAUCUCAUGCGGAUCUCUUUGUCAAUCCCCUUGUUUGCAUUCCUUCGAACACCUCUGUGGAGAUGACACCUUUCCUACAAGCCACGAAACAGUAUCUAUGUUUGAGUCUGUCUAGAAAUGCUGUCAGUUCUGUCAACCAGGUAUUUGAGCUCAGUGUGGAGAUCUUCUGGUGUAUGUUGAAGCAUAUGAGAGCGCAGAUGAAGAAAGAAAUCGAAGUCCUUCUCAAUGAGAUUUUCAUCCCGAUACUGGAAAUGCGACACUCCACAAUAAGACAGAAAUCGAUCAUACUAGGUGUGUUCAUUCGACUAUGUCAAGAUCCUCAAGCGUUGGUCGAAAUAUACAUCAAUUACGAUUGUGAUAGAGCGGCCUUGGAUAAUAUAUAUGAGAAAUUGAUGAAUAUCGUUUCAAAGAUCGGUCAAACCCAUUUUGCCCCGCCGAGCAAAGAAGAGCUAGGUCAAGGUGGAUCUUCUAAACAAGCAUCCGGAUCGAAUGGACCAGCUAUCCCUCCGUCACUGAGUACGUCUGCUUUAGCUGGAGAUCAAGGGCACAACGCCCCUCAUUACGCCGGAUUAUCACCUGAGAUGAAGCUUCGUCGACAAUCACUCGAGUGUUUGGUGUCUGCCCUCAAAUCACUCGUUGCGUGGUCCACCACCAAUCCGACGACAAAGGCAAUACAGGAAGACCAACCUAGAGCCAGUGAAGAUGGAGUAGGACGACAUCAUGCUUCCGAGUCGAUGUCAGGCUCAACCUCCCAACUCGCUGCUCCGACACCUACUUGGCCUACCGACCCCUCUGGAAGGAAUUCCGUCUCUGGAAUCGCGUCUAACGGCUUGAACACUCCAGACAUUGGUGAAGAUGAUGUCGGUCGAUUCGAAUCCGCUAAGCAGCGCAAAAACACUCUGCAGGAUGGUAUAAAGAAGUUUAAUUUUAAGCCUAAACGUGGUAUCGCUUCUCUCAUCGAACAUGGCUUCAUCCGAUCUAAGUCCCCUCAAGACAUCGCUAGAUUCCUGCAUUCAAAUGAGGGCCUGAGCAAAACGAUGAUUGGAGAAUACCUCGGUGAAGGUGAUGAAGACCAUAUUGCUACGAUGCAUGCGUUUGUGGACAUGCUCGAUUUCUCCAAUAUGAACUUCUCCGACGCUCUGCGAAUGUAUCUCCAAUCAUUCAGACUACCUGGUGAAGCUCAAAAGAUUGACAGGUUCAUGUUGAAGUUCGCCGAAAGGUAUAUUCACGGUAACCCGGAGACAUUCUUCGCCAAUGCCGAUGCCGCUUAUAUUCAUGCGUUUGCUGUCAUCAUGCUGAAUACCGAUGCACACAAUCCCAACAUGAAGAAGAAUAGAAUGACAAAAGCGGAAUUUGUCAAGAACAAUCGAGGUAUAAACGAUGGAAAGGAUUUACCUCAAGAUUACUUGGAAGAAACCUACGACGAAAUCCAAAACAACGAGAUCAAGAUGAAGGAUGAAAUCGAAGCGGCUCCCACUAAUACUGGAGGAGGUUUAUCAAGUGUCGGAAGGGAUCUGCAGAAAGAAGCAUAUGUAGCUCAGUCUGAAAAUAUGGCAUCAAAGACAGAAUCUAUAUUGAAAGCGAUGGUCCGACAGCAACGGAGAGGAUUGGUCAGACCCACAGAUCAAUUUCACACUGCUUCAAAAUUGGAACAUGUUCAAUUCAUGUUUGAAGUUGCAUGGAUGCCUUUUUUAGCUGGAAUAUCAGCACCUUUACAAGAAACAGAUGAUUUAGAUAUGGUGAAUCUCUGUUUGGAGGGAUUGAGAUGUGCUAUUCGAAUAGUAUGUCUGUUCGAUAUGGAAUUAGAAAGGAAUGCCUUCGUGACGACUUUAGCAAAAUUCACUUUCUUGAACAACCUGGGUGAAAUGAAACCUAAAAAUGUGGAAGCAAUCAAGAGUCUAUUGGAUGUGGCUGUUACAGAUGGGAAUAACCUAAAAGCAUCAUGGAAAGAUGUCUUGGUAUGUGUCAGUCAAUUAGAGAGAAUGCAAUUGAUUUCAAGUGGAAUGGAUGUUCCUGAUCUCAACCGAACCACUAGCGCCGCAGAUAAGAGAAAAUCAAGCGUCUCGACAAAGAAGAGAGCUCCCGCGGAUGAGGUGGCCGAAGAGUCGAGAUCAUCUCAAGUGACUGUAGCGGCAGACAUGGUAUUUUCGAUGAGUAAGAACUUGUCAGGUUCCGCAAUCGUCGAUUUCGUCCAGGCAUUGAGUGAAGUUUCAUGGGAGGAAAUACAAUCUUCCGGCUCUUCUGCCAGACCUCGAAUGUUCAGUUUACAGAAGCUUGUGGAGAUUUCGUAUUAUAAUAUGGGCAGAAUCAGAUUGGAAUGGUCACACAUAUGGUCAAUUCUAGGGGAGCAUUUCAAUCAGGUUUGCUGUCAUAACAACCCCAAUGUCAGUUUCUUCGCAUUGGACGCAUUGCGGCAGCUAGCCAUGAACUUCUUGGAGAAGGAGGAACUUUCACAUUUCCGAUUCCAAAAAGAUUUCUUGAGACCGUUUGAGUAUACCAUCGUGAACAACAAGAACUCUGAUGCUAGAGAAAUGGUACUACAAUGUCUUCAACAAAUGCUCCAAGCUAGGGUACAAAACCUGCGAUCUGGUUGGCGAACAAUGUUUGGAGUAUUUUCAGCAGCAUCAAAAGUCUUGACAGAACGAGUAGCGAAUUAUGCUUUUGAACUAGUACAGUUGGUUUACAAAGAACAUUUCUCCCUGGUGGUGAAAUAUGGAAGUUUCUCAGAUCUCACAACCUGUAUAACUGAUUUCUGUAAAGUUUCAAAAUUCCAAAAGAUAUCUUUACAGGCUAUCGAAAUGGUCAGAGGAUUGGUACCUAAGAUGCUUCAGUGUCCUGAAUGUUUGUUACCUCAACCGACAACGGAUGAAGACGGUAAAACGAUACCUGCUCCAAGUCAAAAUCUCUUACCAGCAGAUGAUCCAAUGAUCAAAUAUUGGUUACCCGUCUUACAUUCCUUCUACGAGAUUAUAAUGACCGGUGAAGAUUUAGAGGUUAGACGACUCGCUCUAGAUUGUCUGUUCGACACGUUGAAAACGCAUGGUACUGGAUUUUCCGUGGAAUUCUGGAAUACAGUCUGUCAACAGGUCUUGUUCCCCAUAUUCGCCAUUUUACGCGCGAAAUCAGAUGUCAGAUUCAAAUCUGCAGAGGAUAUGAGUGUGUGGUUGUCCACAACUUUGAUAUCUGCUUUGAGAGAUUUAAUCAAUUUGUAUACCGUCUACUUUGAAGUACUGCAACGAUAUUUAGACGGUCUGUUGGAUAUUUUGGUAGCUUGUAUCUGUCAAGAGAACGAUACGCUCGCCAGAAUCGGUACAUCAUGCUUCCAACAAUUGCUAGAAAGUAACGUACGAAAACUCUCACCUGAAAAGUGGAUGUCGAUCGUUUCGGCGUUUGUGCAGCUAUUCAAAACGACCACAGCUUUCCAAUUAUUCGAUCCUAUUCUACAUUCUGAAGUGGAACCUAGCGGUACACUCGAUGAUGCGGAUGCACCGUUCCAAAAGUUUGUUGCUCCUGCACCUCUUGAACCAGCAACAGAUAACCCGCCUUCACUACAAACGAUAACGUACGGUGAACAACGAAGGAUAUUCAAACAGAUCAUAGUGAAAUGUGUGCUACAACUACUAUUGAUCGAAACUACUCAUGAGUUACUCCAAAAUGAUGAAGUGUAUAACACGAUCCCUGCGGAACAUUUACUCAGGUUCAUGGGUGUAUUAGAUGAUAGUUGGAGAUUCGCUAGGAAAUUCAACGCAAACAAGGAAUUGAGGAUGAAACUUUGGAAAGUUGGGUUCAUGAAACAAUUGCCAAACUUGUUAAAACAAGAAUCAAGUUCAGCGGCCACAUUAAUCAAUGUACUGCUGAGGAUGUACCGAGAUCCAAGAGAUGCCCAUCGAGCAACAAGGAAUGGUGUCUUGGAAAGACUAGUACCAUUGGCAACUGAAGUCAUCAAGGAUUUCGUUGCUUUAGAUCCUGAAACUCAACCUAGGAAUAUAACAGCUUGGACACCAGUUGUGACUGAUAUUUUGAAGGGAUGUUAUGGGUUCGAGAGCGAAGCUUUCGAAACACACAUACCAACGUUUUAUCCUCUGGUAACGGACAUCUUAACAAAGGAAGUAGCUCAGGAAAUGAGAUUAUCAGUUAGGGAUUACCUAAAAAGAGUAGGUCAGGUUAAAGGUUUCAUUGGACCUGCAUGA